GGUAUUAGUUACACGGUCAGUCCCUGCAGAUGUGCAUAUAUAGUCCUUCUAGUUCACUGCCUCGAGUAUGAAGAAGAUAUUUGCUCAGCAGGAUCUACGCAGGACCAAUUUCUUCAAGUGAUUAGCAACAUGCCGUCCUUUACGCGGAUCGCAGCCACUGUCUUACAGCUAUCCUUCUUGGCCAAUGAUGUCUUCGCCGCCCCAUCCCAGGAAGCCCCUAAACUAGGCGCAGUUGCAUCCGAGAACGCCGUCUGCUCCAAGGUCGGAACCGAUCUGCUGAAGGCGGGCGGAAAUGCUGCAGACGCUCUUGUCGGCACAGUAUUCUGUGUCGGAGUUAUUGCCAUGUACCAUAGCGGUAUUGGUGGCGGUGGCUUCAUGCUUGUCCGCGGCAGCGACGGCAAGUAUGAGUUCAUUGACUUCCGAGAGACGGCCCCUGCUGCAGCUUUCGAGGAUAUGUACACCAAUAACACCGACGCUAGUUUAUAUGGUGGAUUAGCGAGUGGUGUACCUGGAGAGCUCCGUGGGUUAGAGUAUCUGCAUAGAAACUACGGCAAGCUCUCUUGGGCUACGGUUAUGGCCCCGGCGAUCAAGGUUGCUCGGGAAGGUUUCGAGGUUGGGGAAGACCUCAUCGGUCAGAUUAAUUCUACAAUACCUCAUGACUUCUUGACCGACGACCCAGCAUGGGCAAUCGACUUCGCUCCGAACGGCUACCUAGUCAGGCUAGGCGAGACUAUGACACGGAAACGAUACGCCGACACGCUGGAGACUAUCUCCAAGUAUGGCCCGGAUGCAUUUUAUACCGGCCCCAUCGCCGAAGCCACAAUCGCGGCGUUGUCGGCAAGCAAUGGAACGAUGACCCUAGAUGACCUAGAGAAUUACAAGAUAGCGCUCCGAGAGCCUGCCGAGAUUGAUUAUCGAGGAUAUAAGCUCAAGAGCUGCAGUGCACCGGCUAGUGGCGUGGUCGCACUCAGUACCUUGAAGAUUUUCGAAGGUUACCCAGACUUCGCUGACCCGGUCGCAAUCAACUUGACCACGCAUCGAUUAGACCAAGCUAUGAAAUUCGCCUAUGGACAACGUACCGAACUUGGUGACCCCUUUUUCGUCGAUGGCCUUGAUGAAUACCAGGAGUGGAUGGUUUCCAACGAGACCGCCGCUCAGAUUCGCUCCAAGAUCUCCGAUUUUACCACACAGAACGUAUCGUACUACGACCCUGGCAAUCUACAGAGCCCGCAAACGCAUGGUACCAGCCAUAUCGUUACUGCCGAUAAGUCUGGCCUUGCUAUUAGCCUCACAACGACUGUCAACACGAUUUUCGCAUCUCAACUCAUUGUCCCUGAAACCGGUAUUAUUAUGAAUAAUGAGAUGAAUGACUUCUCCGUCCCGGGUGCUAGCAAUGCAUACGGCUACCCGCCGACCCCGGCGAAUUUCAUCCGCCCAGGGAAGAGACCUCUCUCAUCGAUAUCCCCCACUAUAGCAGAAACAGCUGACGGCAAGUUAUACUUCGCGAUAGGGUCUGCUGGCGGCAGUCGUAUCAUCACGGCUACCAUCCAAAAUCUUCACCAUGUGCUGGACCAAAACUUGACGACGCACGAGGCCUUGGCGUCUCCUAGACUACACGAUCAGCUUAUCCCUCCUCAAGUCUCCUUCGAAUAUGCUUAUGACAAUAGUACUGUCGAGUUCUUGCGGAGCUUAGGGAAUAAUGUUACAUGGGAGGCACCGGGUGGUAGCACCGCGCAGGGCUUAAGAUUGUUGCCGAAUGGAACAUUUGAAGCCGCCGGAGAGCCGCGGCAGCAUGAUUCCGGUGGGUUCGCUGUGUAACUGGGAAUGGGUGAAAAUGUGU